AUGCAUUUGCCCCAAGGAGCAUUAAGCUUUCUGUUCAUCACAUGCAUGAUGUUCGCACUGGCAAACGGCCAUCCAUCAAGCGACAAGCUGAAGAUCCGAAUACACGUGCCGGUGAAGCACCACACACAUGUGCACACGAAGACGGUCAUUAAGAAGGUCCCGCUGCCCAUUCCGGUGCCGGUCAAGGAGCACCACCACGAGCCGAAGAAGCACCACAGCAGCCGGAGCCACCACCACCACCACCACAACCACGAGGACGACCAGGACGACGAUUUCGAGGGCUACGAGUACCCCAUCAAGGCCAAGCGGCGCACGCGGCAUCCCUUUGUCUGAGCCACUGAACCACCCACUCAACCACCCAACCACCCA